AUGGCAAAUUGUGGGGGAUGGAGCGAAGAGCCAGUCUCAAAGGAGAAGCAGCGCCCUCCAAUUUACAAUCCAGAAGACUACGCUACGUCCCUGAAGAAAUGGGGGAAGAAAAUUGGAGCGGGGAGUCUAUAUGACCUAGAUCCAGGGCAAGAUCCAAAUAAAUCCAGAACAUUGCCUAACCAGAGCAAUAAAGACUUCAGAAAUCCAUGCUUGGGUAUUGGAGAAGAAAUGAGCUUGAGGCAGUUUGGUACGCCCAGCGAACUGUUGAUUAAACUGAGAGCCGAUUUAAGACUUUCUUUUCCAAGUUUCGUGCAAGAGUUCGCUUGUGAGCCGCUAGAUGGCGUCACUUUACUACUGGAAUUGUUACGUAACGUGCAAUUAAGUCAGACAGGAGAAGGUGCUCGGGGUCCUCCAGCUGUGAGGAGAAGGCCGCUAUUGGAUGAAUUGUCUUGUCUGCAAUGUCUAUGGAGCUGUUGCACCAGAUAUUCCGAUUGUGUAAGGAGGUUGGUAGCAUGCUCCAAUGGGGUAUACGCUCUCACUGUGUGCAUAAUGUCAACAGUUAACAAGACAAGAGUGCUUGCGCUACAGCUCCUUACGAAAGGCUGCUACCCACCAGCAAACGGACACAGCAUGAUAUCAGAAGCACUUUCAACACUGCGCCUUCGAUAUGGAGAACCGGUUCGCUUUAGAUUUCUCGUUGGCAUGCUACAAAGUGCUGGAGGCUCUGGAGACUUGCAAGCAGCUGGGCUGGCUUUCAUCAACGCUUUACUAGCUAGUGCUCCCACUCCUCAAAGAAAACUUUACAUACAGGCUGAACUAGAGCAAGCUGGAUUUGAUAUAAUCACCUUAAAAAAGAUAAACACUAAACUACCAAACACAAAUGAAAACGUCGCAAGGGAAAUAGAAAAUUAUGAAAAACAAUUAAUUGAUAUUGACACACUAAGUGAGAAAGCUAAUGAAGCCCAAAAAGAAAAGGACGACCUAAAAUAUAAACUAGAGUUACUUGAGAAACGCGUAAAGAUUCUACAAGAAGAGAAAGGCAUCCUUUUGUCUUUAGAGAAAUGUUUAAAAGAAAAGUGUUGUGAACUACAAGAAGAAGUCACAACACUAAGAUCUGAGAACGGUCAUUCAAGUCGAAAAAAGACGUUUGUAAACAAGAAAAAAAAUUCAAUUCACAACAAUAGAGAUGAGUCAUCACCUCCAGAAGAUGAAGGCAUUAGUUCAUCAGAGCGUUCCCUUAGCCCUGAAGCUGAUCCUCAAAGAGAAUCCAUGGUGUAUGAAGUAUUUAACAUUAAAAACGAAACGUACGAUCUGUUGCGAAAUAAACGACCGCUACAUAAAAAGUUAGAAAGCUCAAAAAAAGCCAACGACCACAAAAAAUCUUCGGAUGACGACGAUGAGACCACAAUAGACGAAGUUAUUCAAGAAUUAAGAAAUAUUGCAAACCAUGCUGAAUCAGAACAGUAUGUUAAAGAUCGAGCUUCAUUCUGUGAUGACAAAUCGUCAAGGUGCAAUGAUUCCUCCGAAAUUAAUGUUUCAGUUCAUGUCAAAGAAUUCCAAAAUCGUAGAAGUGUUGAAAAAGAAGAUUCGAUUACUAGUACAAGACACAGCAUUCAGAUAACUAGCAGUACGGAAUUCUUAAAUGAAAAUGAUGACGAAGAAGAAGCUGAAAUUGUUCCAAGUAAAAUAUUGCCUCAUCCACCGAGAAAAGCAAAAAGCUUAGUUCAUUUGUUUGUCCCACCGGUUGAACAUGGAAUGCUUUACAAUAAACCUCCAAAUUUAUUUGAAGACAACUAUUUUUCAAGUGACGAUGGCUCUGACUCAUUGCUUAGUGCAUCGCGCUGUCAAAAUAUUGUGAACAAAAAAGCCUCCGUUUCAAGCUUCGAUUUUGGUGAAUGUCGAGCAAUAUUUAAUUCAACAGCAGAACAAGACGUAGAAGAUAACAGAAUUAAACGUUCUAGAACACAUUCAAGAGAAGAAUGCAGAAAGACAUCUGUAAAACGAAGUGAAUCAUUUCAGACCUCUGAAAAAAGCUCACGUCAACGUGAAUAUAUUGACAGUAUGUUUUACAAUGAAACACAACCCUCGAUUGUGGAACACACAUCUUUGCAAAGAACAAAUUCAAAGUGCAGUAGAGUGGAUGAAAUAGUAAAUCUAAUAGAAUCAAAAAAGUUGACAAAAAGUUUGGACAGAAUUGAUGAAGGAUUGAAUUCAAUGGUCGAUAUCGUUGUUACAACUGAAUCUAAUAAACCAGUGUUGCCUUAUGAACGAAGACAGAGAUCGUGUUCACGCACAAACAGUGAUGCGGGUAACGAAUCACCUUUGCUUCCUUUAAGAUAUAACAGCAAAGCGAACCACACUUAUAACUCUAAAUCAUCCAGCCGGAAAGAAAAAGAUGAUUUGAUUUCGAAAUCUGAGAGUAAACAGAAGUUUGGCCUGCCACUUUCGAAACUAAACACAGGCUGUUUUUCCGAUACCCACCCGUCUUCAAACUUCAGCAAUACGUUUAUUGUUAAACGAGGGCAUAGCAACGCAGGUUUUUAUUCAGGUCAACAUAUUCUCCGCGAUGCUCCUGCCAGUAUGACAAGCCUUGUUAUGAAUGGGACCCACAGCUUUGGAGAUUUGAAACGCACACUAUCGCCUGUUGGUUCAGUUAACAGCUAUGGUAUUCACAAAGUAACAGAUAUGCCUUCUGGUUUAUAUUGA